CAGAGAACUGCAGCCAUGAAAGGUCUUCUGGUCAUCUCACUCCUCUACCUCCUUGUUGCAGUGAAUGAAGCCAAAGUAUUUGGGAGAUGUGAGUUGGCUUCACUUCUGAAAAGGAAGGGGAUGAGUGGCUACCGUGGCUACAGCCUGGGCAACUGGAUCUGCACGGCUUAUUAUGAGAGCAGAUUCAACACCAGGGCUGUGGGGCCGCGAAACAGCGAUGGCAGUCGGGACUAUGGGAUUUUUCAGAUCAACAGCCGCUGGUGGUGUUCCAAUGGACAAGGCCCAACAGCUAACGGGUGCAGAAGCUCUUGCAGUGCUUUCAUCAAUGAUAACAUCACAGAUGACAUCCAAUGUGCAAAAAGGAUUGUCCGAGACCCCCAAAGGAUGAAUGCCUGGGUAGCAUGGGUGAAGCAUUGCAAGGGAAAAGAUCUCUCAAGGUGGACUCGUGGUUGCAAACUCUGAAUCUGAUGGUCCUGCGUAUAAUCCAACAUUUCUCUUGACUCUCCUGUAGGGAUCAGGAUAGUUUUCCCUUUAUGAGCAGCUUUCAGCUGAGUUAUUUUUUUUUUCUCUUCAUGUAUUUGCAUAGUGCACCCCAUGUGGUGGGCAAAAUGGUCUACUCCUCAUAUGAUUGUGUGGGUAAAAAGAUAGGCAAUGAUCUUGAUUGAGGUUCUCUGUUUCUUUGCUGACAAAUCUUCAAUAAACUGGGCACAAUCAAA